CAUCGCGUAUUUCGAUCUGUGAUCAAAAUUUAAUACGUAAUUAUUUAUGCAGAAAUAUGUAUGUACCCAUUAAUGUAAUCGAAUUGACCGAGAUUAUCCAACUGGCCGAUCUUGAGAGAACUAAAUUUCAUACAACGCGAGAGAUAAUCAAAAUUCACGUAUGUUUAUAUAAGAUGAAUGAAAAAAACAGCCGAGUCGUUCCUCGCCCACAUUAUAAUUGCAUUUAUUAAAUGCACUAUGCGCUCUAUAGAGCGACCAUCACGUCGAUCGUGUUGGUGAAAGGAUGCGUUGUCUGGCUAUUCCGAGGAAUAUCGAAAUUUAAUCUUUCGCGAGGUGCCGCUAACACUUUACUUCGCAUGGAUUCACCCCUGUCUUGUCUCGCCUAGUCUCGAUGUUUUCCACUCCGAAAAUUCCCGGUGUGCAGGCCUUACAAUUUAAAUCUUAAGGAAACCGUCGCGAAAUCGAGCUCUGAUGCAAAAUGUCGAACGCGCCAGAAACUUUUCUUAGCAUAACAAAACAAGAUUUCAAUUGGUCCCAUGCAAAACGUCUCGGGCCGCCGCCACCCCCGAUGGAUACUCAAUUGUAUUUUCCCAGACCCGAUCCGGAAGAUUGUAGAUGCGACGCUCACAGUUUGAAAAAUAAAAAAGCCAGGUACAAGCAGUUGGCCAACAAAGAACGUCGGCUUCGCGACGAGUUAAUAAAAGUCGAUCGUGAAAUGGUACAGCUCACGUCAUCGAUGUUAGAUAGUACUCGCGAUAUGGACGAAACGAUGAAAAGCAUUUACAAAACGGAUUACGAAAAGAGAAAUCUGCCCGUUACGGAAUACAGGCCAUUAAUGGCAGCGGUGGAUGCACCGAUUACGCCGAUAAUCGUCGAUUUAAAGGAUGCUUAUAAAGAUCCGAUCAGAUUCAGAUAUUCGGCUAUGGACAGCUCGACGAUUCAACCAGCCAAGACGAUAGAAAAAGUUUCAGAAAUUUGCUCCUUCUGGGAUGAGCCAUUUGCAGGCUGUUCAGAGUACAAAGAUACCAUCAGUAGAAUUGGUUUGAGCAAUAUGAAAAAUCAACAGCGAUAUUUAGAACCCCUUCUUCCAUCGAAAAAACUUUGCAAUUUAUCAAAGGUAAUGCAAAAAAAUAUAUAACGUGCAUAAAAAAUAAAAAACGUUAUCAGCGCAAUAAUAUGUUUCAUUUGUAACACAAAUAGAAAAAUAUGCAAUUUUAUAUUUGCUGUAAUCUUUACUU